CACCAGCUCGCAUCCAUUUUGCGGUCGCGUCGUUCGCCCUUCGCGCUUCCAAUUGUUUUACCGUUUGUGAACCAUUUAGUCGUUAAGUGUUAGUUUGCAUGAAUUCUAUUAAAAUCUUACCGAUAUUUGAUUUAUUACUUUAGUUGUGAUAGCCUCCAUGCUUUUGGAUUAAUAUCUCGAUCGCGGAGCGAUCUUUAGUUAGUUUGAUAUUUUCCAUUGUACAACGCCGCGAGUGUUGAAAAAUGUUUUGUGAAUUGUGACCUUGACUUGUAACGGUAUUUUUCUACGUUUUAUUCGAUUGAUUUCUAAUCUAUAACUUUGUUUAGAAAAGAUCGUUAACUCGAGGGGCAGUACUAUUAUUGGGCGCGAUCAUGCUACGAUCCAAUGCGAUCGUACUGCUGCUGAUCGUCGUUGGCAUCGUUAUCGACGUUGGAAGCGUGGAAGCCGCGAGCCGUAAGUCCUCGAGCGGUCGUGUGGCUAAAGCACCGGCAUGCGGUGAAAACGAAUACCGCUGCGAUAAUGGGGCUUGUAUUCCGGAUGUGAAUCACUGCAACGGCGUCAAGGACUGCACCGACGGGAGCGACGAGGUUGGGUGUGAUUACUUUCUCUGCAAGAAACCAAUGUGGUACCGCUGCAAGCACGACAACAGCUGCAUCAGUGCGUCGUUCCUGUGCGACAAGCACGACGACUGCCCCCGCGGAGACGACGAGGAAAACUGCGACAACUACGAAGUGCCGCACGUCCCGGUCCCGUGCAGCAAGUUCGAGUUCACCUGCUCGGACAAAAUGUGCAUCCCGCUGGACCUGGUGUGCGACGGUGUGUCCCAUUGCCUCGAUGGAUCGGACGAGACGAUCGGCUGCGCGAACAUCGAGAGCAAGUGCAAGGGGUUUCUGUGCAAGAACAAGCACUGCAUCAAGAGCCACGAUUGGGUGUGCGACGGAAUCGAUGAUUGUGGGGACGGAUCGGAUGAGGAGAAUUGUUUCGCUGGAUGUGAUCUGGAGCAUGGCAAGUUUGAGUGUGCGGACAACAACACGUGUUUGGAUCUGAAGCAGGUUUGCGAUGGGAAGGAUGAUUGCGGCGAUCAUAGCGAUGAGGGAGGAUCGUGCAACUCGAAAGAUUGCGAUACGAUGAGGUGUCCAGAGGGCUGUCAGGCUACGCCACACGGAGCGGUUUGUCUUUGUAAACCGGGUUUCAAAUACAACAGGAAGAAUAAGUUCUGCGAGGAUAUCAACGAGUGCGAACGCUACGGCCUGUGCUCGCAGGGUUGUGAGAACACGCCGGGAUCGUUCCGGUGCACGUGCGUCAACAAAUUUAAACUGAAGGACGAUUCAAGAACUUGCGAACUGGAUGAUUCCACGGAACCGCUUCUUCUGUACACAACACAAAAGUCCAUCGGGGGGCUCCAUUUGGAUACCAAGCAUCAAUACUACGUAAUGAAGGAUCUAUCGCAGGUCAUCGGUGUGAGCUACGAUGGUAAUCACGUCUACUGGACGGACAUCUCGUUUAAAACUGAAUCCAUCGAACGAUCGCUACAAGACGGCAGUAAACGGGAGCUGCUGCUUACCUCCGGUUUGGCUUCACCCGAAGAUCUGGAAGUGGAUUGGCUUACCGGAAACAUCUACUUCAGCGAUAGCGGUCACAUGAUGAUCGCCGUUUGCUCCAACAACGGAGUGCACUGCACCAUACUGAUCCAGGAUUCGCUGCAUAAGCCGAGGGGAAUCGCUCUGAUGCCUCAGAAUGGAACCCUGUUCUACUCGGAUUGGGGAGACGACGCCAUGAUCGGAACUGCCAACAUGGACGGCCGAAAUAAAAAGGUGUUAAUCGAUCAGGAUGUCCACUGGCCGAAUGGGCUGAGUCUGGAUUGGCCCAACGGACGCCUCUACUGGGUGGAUGCCAAGCUGAAGAAGAUCGAGAGUAUCAAAGUGGACGGAACUAACCGGGUAACGGUGUUGGCCGAUGUACUGAAGCAUCCCUUCUCGAUCUCCGUGUUCAACGAUCGUCUCUACUGGUCCGAUUGGGACACGAAGAGUAUCCAGUCGUGUGAAAAGUUUAAUGGAAAAGAUCGUAAGAUCGACGUUCAUGAUCGACAAAUUUUCGACGUCCACAUCUAUCAUUCGAGUAUGCAACCAAAGGGAGAUCAUGCUUGCUUGGGAACCUUCUGCUCUCACCUCUGCCUUCUGACAGCAAACGACAGCUACAGCUGCGCCUGUCCCUACGGUAUGAGCUUGAAAGCGGACAUGCAUUCCUGUCGUGAAACGGUAAAACGUCAGUAUCUGUUACUGGGAAUCUCCAACUACCUGGUCAAGCUGGAAACUCAAACCUUCGGUCGCCACGAAUCUUCCCAAGCCGAUGCCUAUCAAAUCUUCUUCCACAGAAUGGCAUUUAACUCGAUCACAGGGGAAAUCUUCGUCGCCGAUAAUCGACAGAAGGCGAUCUUUACCGUCGAUCCCAAAACUAAAUCGUCACAGAAGCUGAUUACUAGCGGCAUUGGAAACGUCUCCGCACUUGCUUUCGACUUUCUCGGCAAUAACCUCUACUGGGCGGACAGCGACAGAUCAACGGUCGAACUCUUCUCUCUCCAAACACGCCAUCGGGCUAUCGUUCAGCAUUAUCUCGGCCAAGACAUUCCGGUCGGUCUUGCGAUCGUUUCGGAGAUGGGAAAAAUGUUCAUUGCCCUGCGCUCUCAGCUCCCUUCGCCACACACCCACAUUGACCAACUGGACAUGACCGGUCGAGGGCCUCAUCUGCAUGUCAUUGAGGAACGACUCAGCGGCAACGGUUCGUUCAACUUCGUCGUUGAUCGCGAUCUGCGAUCGGUCUACUGGAACGACAUGGGCUACAGCAAGAUUGAGUUCUCCAGCUACGAAGGCGACACGCGGCACCUGUUCCGGGAAUAUCUGCGACUACCAGUCUCCAUUGCUCUCGUCGGCGACAGCAUCUUCUGGACGUGCUACCGAUCCAAGCGUCUCUACUGGUCCGAUAAGCACAACCUCGGCGUUACCAAGAAGAUCAACAUCGAUAAGCCACCCUAUGGAGCGUUUUCCGACGAAAUCGUACUGCUCGGAAGCCAAUCCUUACAGCGGUACGAUCACCCUUGCAUGAAGCAGAAUGGAGGCUGCUCACACAUCUGCGUGCCCGCUGGAAUGUACAGUACGGCAUGUGUCUGUCCGACGGGAAUGAUCUUCAGCACACCGAAGAAUACGACCUGCAUCGAUGCGAUCGAUUGUGAGUUCAAGUGCACCAGCGGCGAAUGUUUAACCAUCAGCAAGCGCUGCAAUGGCAACAAAGACUGCGCGGAUGGAUCGGACGAGAAGGGAUGCGACGAGCCGGGACAGGCGAAGCCGUUGCGUUGUCAAUACGACGAGUUCAUGUGUGCGGACAAGAGCAAGUGCAUCGAGCAGACGCGACGGUGCGAUGAACACGUGGACUGCGGCGAUGGGUCUGAUGAGCUGAAAUGCGAAGGGUACAAUCGAAGCAGCGCGUGUCAUGCACAUCAACAUGCCUGCCCGGAUGGGAUGUGUAUCGAUGCGAAUGCACUGUGCGAUAAAUUCCCGGACUGUUUGGAUGGGUCGGAUGAGGUAGGCUGCACGGAUUUGAAUAACGAGAAGAGCAAUGCAACGACUUGCGGUCCCAUGAUGUACCGAUGCAACACGGGACAGUGCAUACCAAGGUGGUGGGAGUGCGAUGGGAAUCCGGAUUGUACGGACGGGUCGGAUGAGCAUGAUAAAUGUCUGAAGAAGAGUGAAUGUCUGCCAGGUUUCACCAAGUGUGCGCUGGGGCAUUGUAUUGAAGAUCGGUUGGUUUGCGACGGGAACAACGACUGCGGAGAUAAUUCGGAUGAGAUGAAUUGUAAAGUUGAGCUGGAGCCUUGCGUCGGUCUGGAGGACGAGAAUCCGACUAAAUUUUUGUGUCACCGAUCCGGGAAGUGCUUGGACAUUGCGGUGCGUUGCAAUGGGACUGCGGAAUGUCCGGAAGGGGAAGACGAAGCGAGGUGCAGCAACUGUGGGUUGCACGAAUUUCAAUGCAAGAGUGGCAAAUGUAUUCGGAAGGAGUGGCGAUGUGACAAAGAGGUGGACUGCGACGACGGCAGCGAUGAAGUGGAUUGCGUCAAUGGAACGGCUCCAGAUGCAAUCGAAGUGCAUGUGGCCUGUGGAGAAGGAACGUUUGAAUGCAAGCCUGGAGUUUGCAUAGAGAUGAGUCAGGUUUGCAACGGAAAGAACGACUGCGAUGAUGGAAAGGAUGAAGGGAAGGGUUGCGAUGAAGCGUGCGCGAAGAGUCCAUGCGAGCACAAGUGUAUCAAAACGCCUACCGGAGCUAUCUGCGAAUGCCGCGAUGGGUUUACUUUAGCGGGGAACAGGAAAUCGUGCUUGGAUGUGGAUGAGUGUGCUGACGGUAAACCUUGCGCUCAGAGGUGUAGAAACACAUUCGGCUCUUACCGCUGCUCGUGCAAUCCUGGAUUCAUGCUCCGGUCUGACAAGAUCUCCUGCAAAGCGGUGGGUCCAAGUCGAUACGUUUUCUACACAUCAUACAACCAGAUCCGCAAAUUGGAGGUGAAUCCCCCUUCGAUCCGAAUUUUUAUUCAAGCCAACGAAUCCCGAAUCACUUCAAUGGAUGUCGAUAUACGCAGACAGAUGCUCUACUUUACCGACGAAUACAAUCCAGUGAUCUACGAACACGAUAUGGAACGCAACAGCACACACGUGCUGUAUAACGUUGGCCAUCCGGAGCAUCUGGCCGUGGAUUGGGUAACAGGAAAUCUCUAUUUCUACGAUCGAUCCGAACCUUCCAUCAAAGUAUGUUCAAUCGUACGUCAACGUUGCUCCCGUAUCAUAACCUUCACCUCGCAAGUCUUCGUAAAAGCCGUGGUCGUUGAUCCAGUGAAUCGGAUCCUGUUCUACUCCCUCAUGCAUUUUUGGAUUUUCGAAGUUCCACACUCGAUCAUCUACCGGGCGGACAUGACCGGCCAAAAUCAAGUGGUGAUCACCAAGGAUGUAUCGCACGUGACUUCCCUACAGGUGGACACGGAAAACCAGCUGCUCUACAUUGCCGACAUCAGCUCGCGAACAAUCAAGGCGCUAGACUACGAAGGCAAACAUCUGCGAACGAUCAUCGAGAAGCAAAACCUCGCCGUCAGCCGCCCGAUAGGAAUCACAAUAUUUGAGAACCAAGCCCUAAUCCUCAACAUGGCGUCAUCCACGGUAGGGCAAUGCAAGCUCUAUGGAAACUUUGAAUGCCGCCUGCUGGAGUUGAACGUUCACAAUUCGGACCAGCUGCUGAUCGUCCAGGAAUCGCGCCAACCCGAAGCAGAGAAUGUUUGCGAUACGAGCAAGAUCAACUGCAGUCAUGUGUGUGUACCCGGAGAGAACGGGACAGGAAUGUGCAUCUGUCAUAACGGCGAACACAUACGAGAAACCGACAUCUGCCCACAGAAUUCAGAUGUGAUGACUCCUAUGGUCAAAACGCAUCUUGGUGAGCCCGCGCCAAGCAAUCACGACUCAUCCGAACAGUCCUCAACAGCAUCGACAGUUGCCAACGUAUUCCUGGCACUGUUUAUCCUAGUCUUGAUCGGCGGAGCUGCCGGUUACAUCUACCGGCGUCGUUUCCAGCACAAGUUCGAUAUCGGAAUGCACUUUCACAACCCCGAACUGAGCACAGCCGAUGCGGCAGAAGUCAAAAUGUUUCAAAAAGUACCGCGGCUGCACCAGACCACCACGCACAACGAGCUAACGCUGGAGACGCCCCCUCACGGUCCGCCGGGCUCAGGGGAGGCAAGUUCCAGCGAGUCGCUCCGGCAGCACAACGUCACCAGCACCGCCCUGGAGCUGGAAAACAUGUCCGACGUGGACUCGAUGGCGGACGCGUAUGACUGCAGGGAUGACCCCCUGCAGCGGUUAAUAUUGUGAUUAAUGUGCGCCUUCUCUGGUUUUGGUUACUUUGUUGGUAGUAAGUAACCUUGAAACCUCUUAAUUGUAAUUGUUAGAUGUUAGAUGUUUAAAGGAAAACAUUAGUAAUUUGUAACAAAUAUAGCUGUCCAUUGUUGAAAAUCAA